UUUAAAUAUAACAUUGCUCCAUGUAAUUGGACUGAAUAAAGACACAUCACUUGAAAAAAAAGUAACGAAUGAAGAAGGGACUCACGUGAUGUUACUUGUUACUUAAAAUAAAGUAAAAAGUUCGAGUUUAAUGUCGAGAGUCUGAUCAAUGUUGAGAGUAAAGAAGGGAACAGAAGAGAGAGAGAAAAGUGAUCUUGAGGUUAAUUGAGGAUGAUCCAAGAAAACGAAAAACUUUUCACUUUCUUCUUCUUCUUCUUCUUCAAUCAUUAUUCAUCAUCAUCUUUACUUCCUUUGCCUCUUCAUCUUCCCUCUCAUCUUCAUCUGAAAAUGUCUUUGCCUGUUCCAAUUAUUAUUGUACAUUUACUCUUUUAUCCACCUUAAUUUACUUCACCUUUCUCUUCCCUCUCUCUCUUCACAUUAUCACCAUCAUUAUCAUCACUAUCAUGAACAUUAUCAAUAAAUCGAGUUGAGCCCUUUCCUCAUUACAGUUAAUUUGAUUGAUUGUUUCAUCUAUUUUAGUCCAUUUCGUCUUUUCUCAUUUGUUUUGUUUUUCCAUCAACAGUCGUUAACUAGUUUCAUUAAAAACCAUUAAUUGAUUAACUGUGCACUAUGAUUAUGAUCCCAAUAUGGCUACUUUCAUUUCCUCUCUUCAGUUGACAUUCAAGUUUUGUUUUCACACUCAACUCGCAACUUCAUCUCUACAAGGACAAACUAGUGUUUAAAGGUCAAUCAAAGGAUAUUGAUUUUUUGCUGCUGUUGCAACGCUCUUGCCAUGUCGUCUUUCCGUUCAGUUUGUACCCUUUGCCAUCAAGAUCAAAUUGUGAUCGUCCAAUAAAUGUCAAAAUGGAAGCCAAUUUAAUUUCUUUUAAACGAUUCGACUUGUUUACUGCUUAAACAGCCUUUUAAGACAAAACUUUUACCUUUGCCUUUUCAAGUUUUGUCUUGUGUUUCCACCAUUUAGCUGGAUUUACUGAUUGUUCAUUUACUUUAGCAAUUUGUUUUCUCGUUUUCAUCUCACAAUGUCAACCAAUACGAUUAAACAAAAGGAAAGUUUAAUUCAUAAAAUUCGUGAAAUUGAAUUGGAACGUAUUGUGAUUGAAGACCAUUACGAUGUGGUCAAAGAAAUUGGUUCAGGCGAUUAUGGUAAAGUCGUUUUAGCGAUUCAUAAGCGAACAGGUACACAAGUGGCCGUUAAAGCUGUGCCCAAAUUGACAACAACUUUACGAGAUUUUCUGAUAGAGUUCCAUUAUAGUUACUUCCUUUCUCCUCAUCCUGUUAUUUUGGAUACUUAUGAUGUUGCCUUUGAAACAACUGAACAUUUCUGUUUUGCCCAAGAAGUCGCCCCUUUUGGUGACCUUUGGCAGGCCGUGGAACGUACAAAUGGAGCCGGACUAGAGGAACGCGAUACAAAGAUAAUAAUUGAACAGAUUAGUUCUGCCUUAGAGUUUUUACAUGAUAAACAAUUGGUCCAUCGUGAUGUUCGAGCUGAAAAUAUUUUAAUCUUUUCAGUUGACUUUACCAAAGUAAAAUUAACCGAUUUUGGUUUAACCCGACGAGCUGAAACACUGGUUAAGAAGCGAACUCGUUCAUUGCCAACUUGUCCACCUGAAAUAUGGGAAGCUGUCCACUUAGAAGGUUACAAUGUUGAACUAGGUUCUGAUGUUUGGCAACUGGCGAUGCUGAUAUUUGCCUGUUUAACAACCAAAUUUCCAUGGGAACGAGCAGAUAUUACAGAUCCUAGGUUUAGUGAGUUUGUUGACUGGCAAAAGCGUGUAACCACUCGAACUCCUCGUGAAUUUCGUCGAUUCACACCAAGGUUGUUACGUUGUUUUAAGCGAAUGAUGGAAAUUAAACCGUCCAAAAGAUAUCCAGUUGUUGAAGUUCGUAAAUAUUAUAAAGAUCGUUGGUUACUUCAACGAAGUCCAAGAGCUUCUUCAAUAGCAAAACUUAACCCAUCUCAUGAUAGAGGUGAUCAUCAUGCAUUCAACUCAGGAGCUGGAGUAUCUCGAAGUUUAUCUUGUAGCCAAUUAAUGCCUUCCCAGUCUCGAGCUCAAGAAUGGAUUAGUCAAUCAAAGGAUGACUGUCAUGAAACAGAGAGAAGAUAUCUUCUUCCGAAUCCGUGAAUAAACAAGAAUCAAGAAAAUGGUUAAUUGGAAAAAUAAAUAAUGUCCACAAAAGUCGAACAACCUUUGAAGGUUAACAGAUGCGAUCGCCUUUUUUUCAUCGUAAAUCGAGUUGUGUGUUCUCUCUGUCUCUUUCAUUCAACCAAAUAAUCAUUAGAUUGGUGUGAAUAUCAAUGAGAAAUCGGAUAAAUUUCCGAACAAAAAACACAAAUGUUGACUCUUUUUUGUAAUAAAAUAAUUUAAAUCAAA